GAUAAAUAAUUUAUCAAAAUAAAAAAAAUAACAAAUAGAUUGAUAGAAUCACUGUUUAAGCAAUCAAGCAAAAAAAAAAAACAAUUAAUUAUUUAAUUAGAUCACCAAAAAUUAGGAAUGGCUUUUAUCAACAAAUUCAAAAAUAAAAAAGCUGAAGACUAAGUUCCAGAAGGGGUAAAGGUUGAGUAUAGCUCUUUUGGUUAACCCUAAUCUAGCUACAACCCUAACUUGGUUCAAUAAAAUAUGAAUAGUAACCAGUCCUCAUCAUAGAAUGGAAAUCACAAUAGUAGCAGCAGCAACAAUAAAUAAUAAACAAGCUCUUUAGCUUAAACUUCAGUUUGGAAUGAUGAUCAGCCAGCAAAGUUAAAUAAUACUGCAGCUAAAUAAGUAAAGGGAAAGCCUAAUUUUAUGUAAAAAAACAUACCCUAAUAACCUGCUCCUGUAUAGUAACCAGUAGAAAGCACUUAGAGUUAAAAGCCAGCAACUAAUACUCCUGCUCCAGCACAAAGACAAGAAAUAAAUUUGAAAAUUGAAAAUUAACCAGUUGCAAAAAAAAUAAAGUUUGAAAUUAAAAAUGAAUUCGAUUUGUUAGAUGACAACGAUUUGAACUUUCCUGAAUUAGAGUUCCAAAAAAAGCUUGUAAAUGAUAUUGUUGCACCUGGAGGUAUUAGAAUUAAGUAAUAAGAAGAUGUGUUAAAUACAUUUGCAGAUGAUUGUCAAGCUUUCUAUCCAUGCGUUAUAGGUUCAUUAUUGAUAAAUAAGUUUUUCUCAAAUGAACAAAAUGUGGUGAAGCAAAGAGCUAUUUAUGCUUCUGAAAUACUAGUUAAAAAGCAUCAGAAAUUUUAAGAGUAUUUCAAAAGAUAGUAAUUUAUGGUAUAAAAAUCCUAGCAAUUCAAUAUUGGUGAUAGCAAAUUUGUUUAAUUAUCUAACUAGCUUUUAGCUGUUGUCAGCAAUCCUUCUCUUGAAAUUAAAGAGCAAGCUGAUAUAAACUUUAACUUCUCAUAAGGAAAUGACUUAAGCAAAUUUAGCAAAAAAAAUGAACAACAAUAACCACAAUUAGGUUCUUAAGUAAUAUAAAAAAAUAAUUAGCAAUAAGCGAGUAAUGUUAACUUGAUAGAUGAGAUAGAUGUUUCAAAUGGAAUAGAUUUACUUGGUGAUUAAUCAGUCUCUGCAUCAUAAUCUAAACCUAAGUCUCUUUUCAAUAAUUUGAACAAAAAGAAAACUAAUGAAAACCAAGCUCCAGUUUAAUAAAAUCAAACCUAAAAUUCUCAAAUAUAGUAACCUUAAUAGCAGUCAUAGCCUUCUUAAAAUACAAAUGGUGAAUCUAAAAUAAAAUAAUUCAUGAAGUUCAAAGGAAAAUAAAACAACGAGAACAAUUAAAAUAAUUUAAAUAAAGAUGGUGAUCUUUUAAAUUUAAUAGAUGAAUAAACAAACAAUAAUGGUAAAACUAAUACUGCUAAUAAUCAUCAAGGAUUAUAGGAUCAAUUCUCUCUCUUAAAUUUAUACACUCAUGAAAAUAAAGAAAGUUAAAACUAUAAUUAAAAUUAUAACAACUUCUAAUAUCAAAAUUCAAAUAAUAAUAAUAGUGCAACUUAAUUUAAUUAGUUUAAUCCUCCUCAUAUUUAAUAAACUGGAUUAUAUCAACCAUAAUUCCCUCAACCUGGUUUUAAUGGAUAGCACGUUCCUGGAUAUCCUUACUAAAAUAAUGGAUAUCCUCAAUAUCCCUAACAAGGAUACUAACCUUAUGGUUAAUAAAUGCAACCAAAUAUUUAUGGUUACAAUAACCCUGGUACAUAAAAUGCUCAAGCUUUUAAAACAAUUCACAUGGACUUUAGCGGAUAAAAUAAUCACCUUUAAGAAAAAUAAAUAUUAGACCUCAAUAAUUUCAAAAUUGAUGAAAACACUCCUAAUCAAAAAAAUAGCCAAUAGCAAGCAUAGAAAAGUAGAUAGUAAAUAAAUGAAGGAGCCUUCGAUUUUAUUUCUCUCUGA